GGGGAGGGGAGAGAAAGAGAGGUGGCUGUCUGACUUUGACUUUGGUCAGUGAAGGCCUCAUGCAGCUUCUUAGCAGCAACUCAAUCCCAUUUUUAUCUGCCUGACACACCUCGGCUCAAAGCAAAGCUCACCAGGAGCCCAGAACUGAGGGGAAGUAAAGAGAGGAAUAAAGAGGAAACAGGAAGGAAAAGAGAGAACGCAGAGGAAGCAUGAUGACCCAAGAACAGUGCACUCAUAGGAACAAUGUCCAGAGUUCAGAGAAACCACAAGUGUACAAAGUGGGAAUAUACGGCUGGAGGAAACGCUGCCUUUACUUCUUCGUCCUGCUGCUGAUGAUCCUGAUCCUGAUCAACUUGGCGCUAACUAUCUGGAUCCUCAAGGUCAUGAACUUCACCAUAGACGGCAUGGGCAACCUGAGAAUAACAGAGAAGGGCCUGAAACUGGAAGGGGACUCUGAGUUCCUCCAACCCCUCUAUGCCAAAGAAAUCCAAUCCAAACCAGGCCGCCCGCUGUUCCUGCAGUCGUCCAGAAACGUGUCGGUCAAUAUUGUCAACAGCAACAACCAGCUGCUCACACAACUUGUAACAGGAUCCAGUGGAUUUAAAGCACGAGGCAAGAUGUUUGAAGUCAAAUCCACCUCUGGGAAGCUGCUCUUCUCCGCCGACGAGCAGGAGGUGGUGGUGGGCGCCGAGAGGCUCCGAGUGAUGGGGGCCGAAGGGGCCGUGUUCAGCAAAUCAGUGGAGACGCCACACGUCAGAGCCGAGCCAUUCAAAGAGCUGAGGCUGGAGUCUCCCACUCGCUCCCUGCUGAUGGAGGCUCCUAAAGGCAUCCAGAUCCUGGCUGAGGCUGGAGACAUCCAGGCCAUCUGCAGGAACGAGCUGCGACUGGAGUCCAAAGAUGGAGAGAUCUCUCUGGAUGCUCGUAGGAUUCGCCUGAUGCGGCUGCCUGAGGGGAAGGCCUCCACCAGCUCCUCAUCCUCUGGGACCAGGCAGACUGUCUACGAGGUUUGCGUUUGUCCCAACGGGAGGCUUUUCCUGUCCCAGGCCGGCACCGGAUCCACCUGCCAGAUCAGCAACAAUGUCUGCCUCUAGGACUGAUACAUACAAUUAUAAAUAAAUACACAGAUAGCCUGAAAGAAAGACGGGCAAAACAGACAGAUGUACACAUAUCGCCUGCCUCCUGGACAGCAAACACAGACACUACAUACAAAGACUGCCAGAGCUGAUGGAAAUUUAAACAAUCAUAGAUACUGUAACUAUACAGACACACUGAUGAGUACACUUUACAAUCACAAACACUCAGACUGAUAUUUAGGCUCAACCGAUAUGUUUUAAAGGCCAAUACGGAAAAUUUUGGAUCCUGGCUGCUGACAGCUGAUCUUUUGUGCCAAUAUUUCAAUGCUUAAAGAUAUUUUCUCCCUCAAUUUUAUACGUUUCAGAGUGGAAAAGCCUUUGAGAUCAGCAUUUAGAGCAUCAUGGGUUACUAAAACUCUCCAUUGAGUGUCAUACACAUCUCUCAAAACUCUUUAUACAUACCAUACAGCAGGAGUUGUUAGGCUUUUAAACUGAACUACAUGAAUAAAACAAAACAAAAAAAAGUCUUUCAUUGCAGGUUUCAACAUUUUUUUAAUAUAACUAAGGUCAGAGAGGAAUCUCAAUCAUACUGGAAAUAUAGGUUACUGACCACUGAUACACUGGUAUUUAAUGAAAUGACAGUAUUGGUAAUGUAUCGGUCUGACCCUAUUUAUUAAUUGCGUACACACAUACAGAUGCACACACUCGCUUACAGACAUGCAUUCACACAGUAUACAUAUUUUGACAUGGAGUACACUCACACACACACUCACACUCUUUGCUCGUAGGAGCCUCCUGGUAGAAACUGAGAGGGAAAUUCUCCAGAGAUUUACAAGAAGAGACACUGAUCUGUUCCCUUUCUCCCUGAAGAGCAUUUCAGUACCAGAAUCACUAGGGUGAUCACCCAUGGCAACAAACCCCUUCCACUCCCCUUCCCUCUGUUCCCCUUUUCCCUCAUCUUCUCUUCUUCCUCUCCGACAGUUACCACAGCUGAGAUAAUUAAAAGAUUUAUACUUUUCUUUACUGUUGUUCAUAAAGCAUUUUAAAGCCUCAUAGGCACGCUAUAAGCACUUAAUUACGACUACUCCUAAUAUGCAUUGUGUCAGGACUUGGCAUGGAUGUAUUAGAAGAACUGGAUACCCGAAUCUAAAAUGGCACCCAUUCACUUGAAUGAAAAUUGCUCGGCCACAAGCCAAAAAAGGUUUCUAGCUUAUGCGUCUGCUCAGCCAGUGCACUUUGUAUUGGAUGAAGUCACUCACAGUGAAAGCGCUUUCUAGAAUCUAGGAAAGUUUUACCAUUAUAACACCUUCUCGGACUGAAAUCGUAAUGCGAGUGGCCUCUGGGACAAAUCAACAAAAAGACUGGCAGGCGGCCCCGUAUCCAGCUCUCUCAAUACAUCCACAGGACUCAGAUAGUUUUGAGGGUAGACGUUUUACAAACUGCCCUUUCAGUCAAAACCACUGACUGUUCAUAAUGAUGGACCAAGCACCUCCACCUCCUCCCACUGUACAGAGAUUAAGCCAAAAUAUCCCGGAUGUAGACGCUGCCAUCUUGCUCUGGUGACGUCAUUCAGAGCCAGAAAAAUGAACACUUGAACAUAAGAACUGAUAAGAUAAGAACUACCUAAAAUGACAAAACUUUGAUGUAUAUUUUGAUUUGUUAGUUCAGCCAAUGUCCCGUCAGCGACCUGUACCGCAGCCAGCCACCAGGUGGCAAUGGAGAUGUUUUGGCUUCACUUUUGGGAGCCAUCAUGUUGUCCAUCUUUAUUGAAAAAAUGAUGGUCAAAACUCAUACCACAUCCAGAAAUGUCCAUUGAUAUGUGUGUAAAAAUGCAUUAAGUGCUGUUAGUUUGCCUAUGUGACAAUGCAUAAACAUCAUUAGGGUUUUGUGCGGGGGGAAAGUUGAUGCUUUCGAACAACCAAACUUUUAAAUUAUUGGGCCAAAGUUGGUUUCAGUUCAAAAGGCAGAAUUGACAUUGCAAUGAGGUUGACACAAGUAAAUUAAGUCACAAAAUAUUCAGCCCAUUUGGCCUUUGGUAGAAUCUGUCCAAAGUGUAUCAUGACAAACUACGACUCAUGUCAUGUUCACGUCCUAUCAUGUGCACCCAACUGGGAAUAAUUAUGCAAAUCAGCUUCAAAGUGCUGAAACAAUUUAUUCAUCGGACUUAUUUAUUUCGAGUGUGUUAACGACAACUAUCUUGCAAACUCAGAUUUUGACAUUUGAACAUGGUAAUCAUGUGGUGGCAGAGAGACAUUGCCUAGUUGUAACCGUUCAUGUGAUAUGAUGUGAACAUGGCACAAGUGCUGCCACACAAACCUCAACCACUAAACCACUGAUCUGUUGGGCUUUUUUAUUUGAUGUAAUCUUUUGACUUUGAAGUGAAUAGAAAGUUGUUUUAAUUAAAUAAUUGUCAGCGUUCUGUUUUGCCUACAUAAACUCUGUCCACGUCUCUUCCUGUCUCUCUAAAAACAGCUCAACAUCCUGUUGUAACUCUUAACUUUUUAGUCACACAAAACAGAACCCAUGUCAUAAAUGUCUGAUGUAAGCUGCCCCAACCUCUGCCAUGGUCACCCUACUUGUUUCUUGCACUGGGACAAUUUUUAAAAAAGGGACAAACAAACUAAUGCGAGCCACUCUGUUGAAAGAGGGGAACUGUGCCUGUGCCUUAUGUCGAUGCACUUGUGGCAAGAAGAAGCACAUCACACAGACUUUCUUUGGCAUCAACGAGUAACAUGAUCUCUGAUUUCAGUUCAGUUUCAUCCCGAUUCACAAGUCUCUCCCUCUGUGUGAAUGCAAAGACCUUCAGCCACAUCUACCUGUAGCUCCCCCUGCUGUCAGCACCUGACUCUGCAAAAGGAUGAGUUGUUUUUCUAUUUGUAUUGACCACUUUAGUUUCCCCAAGCUUGGGAUGAUGGUCUUGUUACUUUGCUUUUUGUGAAAACAUGUAUGUUUCUGUAACAAACACGUGAUCCUGUGGAAUUUAAGAGAAAGAUCACGGCACUGAUGGGUCUGAUUAUCACUACAUAUCCCAGACCACUUGGCCAAAAAGACCUCCUUUCUCCAACAUGUUAAGAUCUUGAUGUCCUUGCACACUUGUUUUUUUUUAUCUUAACAGACUCAAAUCUGGGGUCUUAAGAUGGUAAAAGCAUGUUCAUGUGUAACAUAUGACCUCCUGUGUUUUGGGUGCAGACCACUUUGGCAAAACCACUUUGUCUUUUCUUGUAUUUUCAUGCAACACCAUAAAACUGUAUUACUGCUUCCUUGCUCUGUUCAGACCCCACUAUAAUCAUCACUAAUAGUACCACUUUAGUGUAGUUGCCAUGCGCAGAUGUUCUAGAAAGUGACACUUAUUGGGGAAAUGCUGUAGAUGUUAAAAUGUGGUUGUCAUUGCAACAUGAUCUCACCCCUACUCGUCAGAUUUUGAUGCUUGUUGCAGAAGCCCCUAGCAACACUACAACCACCUUAGACCCUGUGUCCUCAAAUGUGGACACUGCAUUUUGGGUUUACUCGACGUUAUACUUCAUUCCACUUAACUUAGACCUGUUGUCUUCGUUUGUGGACAUUUUUUGUGCCAUCUAGUGGUAGUAAGAGUACACUACACUAAUCCAUGUAAAAACAAGAUGGCAGCCAUCUCUGCCAAGUCAGUCUGCAGCCAAUCCCAACACAAAAAUUGACAAGGUCCAAAACCUGAUCACAUUUUAUGGUUGAAACUUCUUUAUUUAUGCUUAAUAAUGUUUGUAAUUUGAUAUGGCAACAAAUUUGACCAAUUUUAGCAUCAGUAACAAGCUAAGACACUGCUAAUUAGGAAGUACUCAUCUAAAGAGGUUGGAACUUUAUUAUCGUCUCAUGUUUAGUUUUAGUAAUCUUUAUUUCGAACAUGCAAACAAAUGAAUAAAUAAAUAGCAGAAGAAAACAAAACAAAAACAGUAUUUGUAACAAGAACAAGUGUAAAGCCACUGAAUUAGAAAAAUAAUCUAUAAAUAAAUAAUAAUAAUACAAAAGCAAGCAAUUUACAAUACAAACAAAAACAAAAAGGAGUGGGCUGAAGUUAAAAACCUUUUUUAAUCCCACCCCUCUUCCUAAGUCAAUAUACAAUAUAUAAUAUAAUACAAUAUAUAAUAAUAUAUAUAUAUAAUAUAUAUAUAUAUAAUAAUAUCAAUAUACAUGCUUAUCUAGCUUCCUGAUAUAUAUGUAUAUAUAUACUGUCAUAUUAAUUAUUAAUUUAUCUAAUCUAAAUAUUUAAUUCAAUUGUAAAACAAAACAAAAUCAAAACAGAUAGACAGUAACUCUGAAAAGAACAAAUAAAGUAAACAAAUACACAACACCAUGAAAACUAAACCAAAUGGGAAGACAUUUAUUAUGGUGGACAGUGUUAAGGUUUUAUACUUAUCGGAUCCUACUGAUCCCAUACAUCUAGGAGAGAUUAAAAAUGCAUACCAAACAAAAGUUCGGGUCUCAGGAGGAUAAUGAUGCUGGGGCUAGACUUUUGCGUUGAAUCUUAACACAAGGAUCAAGGGGUCAGUCAUUAGUCAUGUGAGUCGACUCACAUGACUAAUUGACUAAUAAGUGACUUAUAACUGACAAAAUAACUUUGCGUUAACUUUUAGUUUCACAUGGGACACAAACACCAGUCUCUUGGGUCAGAGUCCUGUGCUUGUUGAACUCUUCCACCCACAAUACGUCCAUUGCUUUUAACGUCUAAUAGUGACGUGGGUGGGUUUACAUUCGAGUUGGUUGAAAAUCUGGUGCGUCUCAAACCGGCAUCGCUAUAAUGACACCGGGGACUUUGCCCAUAUUUUGACAUCCUGGAAGCAAGGCAAGGCUGGUGUUUGAAUAUUUUGCCGAAUCGUCCAACAUCAGCAGAGUUGAAUUUGUCACCAUGGAGACUUUUCUAGUGAACAUAUCAGUAAAGUUGUACUGCUUAUACUAAAUGUGUCAGGAAAUGACAUUUGUUUCCCCUACAAUAUCUGCCUGUGGCAACUAGAGCAUGAUUAACAUUUUUUAUAGUUCUCUUCAGGCUUCAGUGGCAUGGAAGCAGCAGUCAACAUUGGUGUAAAAAUUCCGCGCAUUAAAAUGUUUUUACAUGUUAAGGCACCAGAUUUUUGAUCUUGUAAGAUGCGAUAACUUAGCAUGUAAAGACAUUAAGAUCUUGUUUGAACAAGACACCAGAUGUUUUCGACCAAGUGGCUUGUGAUACCUCCUGAACACAAUCACAGUAGUGCACAGUGUUUAUUUAUUUCUUGUUUAAAGUGACAUCCUUUUUAAGAGUCAGGUGCACCAACCUUCUCGCUGGCUCCCAGCUUCUCUGUCGCUGUAUAUUAAAGGACUUUCAUAAAUAUUUCAGAACAAAAUUGAACCUAUCUGAUGUAUUUGAUUUUUUUGAAUACAUGAACACAAGAGAAAAACAAAUUUUUUAUACGGUUGUAUUUGUAAAUAAUGUAUACAUAACCGCGUCGGUGCGAUACACGCCGACACGAAAGAGAAACACUGCUCUUUUGCAAAAAGGAAAGCCUUUUUUAUAAUGUACAUCAGUAUGUGUUUUUAUACUAAAAGGGCAAAAAAAGAUGUUAAAGGAUUCAUUGAGUUAGCAUGUACAGCAAUGUAUACAAUGUGCGCUUGUGGAGAACAAGCUGGUUUUGUUUUUAUGCCUUCUCCUUCCUGUACUCGUCUCUCCUGCUGAGCUCAGAUGUUUCACACAAACACAAACCUGCUUUCUUUUUGUUCUGUUGUUGUUGUUCUGUUGGGCCCGAGGUCUUUGCAUUCUCUCCAAGUGUGCCGUGUGUGUAAAUUUGUGCUACUAUGAGUGAGCUUUUGUUUUGUUCUUCUGUUCCACAGAACGUGUCGAAUGAUUCUCAGAGAAGCAAAAACAGAAACCAAAAGUCAAGAGAAGCAGAGGAGGAAACGAUACACGGGGUUACACAUGGUCAGAUGAAUGCAGGAACAGGCAACAAAGAUCCAGUGUGUGAAAAACACAAUAAUCAAUCAGAUCAAUUUUCAGAUCAGAUUGCAAAUGUUUUUUUUGUUUUGAGAGAAUCUGAAUACAGGGUUUUGGAGUCAAAGUAAAGGUGAUUGGAUGAUGACACUGAUCAGGCAUGUUGCUGACCAAGUAGUAAUGUCGCCCAGAUCACAUUCUGUGAUGCAGCCCUGUGUGUGCACGCUGACUGCUCUGUACUUCCUUUUCUGGCUACACACUGGGGUUAACAUCCAUCCUGAGUAUUUACAUUUUUCUUCAUUCUUCAGUCUGAAACUGCCGUUCAUGGAGUAGUUUUCAAAGAUGCCAAAAUAAAAGGCGUUGUUCAAAUUGA